AGCCGACCUCCCUGGAUAUCCACUCCUGGGACGAGAGGGCGCCCAGCUGCUGCAUCUCGCAACAACAGAUCCAGACUCGCAUUUUUGGUUGCGAAGUCACCCUCUUGGCCAUUGUUCGUUCUACCUUUUCCGUUGAGUUUCGGCCCCCCCCUCGUGGAAUCACUCCCCCCCGUUUCUGCCACGUCCCCAAGACGAUAGCUUCCUUCAGCUCUGCUUCUUGCACACCCGCCCAUUUGUCGCAUCGAUCAUCAUUUGCUUGUCUUGUCAAGCAGCAAGCCAUCAUCUUCCACUUCUUGUCCUCUUACCUCACCAUCGUUUGCUACGGACGGAUUCUGCGUUGCUGCUGGUCUUCUUAUCCAAUCGCUCUCAGCCCUCCUGCUAUCUUCAGAACCACCCUCAUUCUUCUUUUCCUGGUCAGAAUGUUUUCUCUAACGGCAAUCACGUCGCCAAACAUUAGGCUUCCUCUUUCUUCCAGUCUACGACAAGUUUCUGAUAUAACCUGACCAUUACCACCGCCCACGGCCCACCGCCCAACCCUCGUCCCGCCGACCUGCUUCAAGCUUGUGCAAUGGAUUCCUACUACAGAGACUCCGCCCGUUCUCCUGGAGACAGGACCUGGACGCGUGAUGAUUCGAGAAAGAUGGACAGGGCUGACGAUAGCUUCUACCGCGGAAGAUCUCCUGGCGGCCAUGAUCGCCGCCGGUCCAACCGUUCUCGAUCCCCCCUGCCCGUCGACCGGUAUGAGCCUCGACGAGCGAGAGAAGACUACCCUCCUCGCGACAGGGAUGAUAGGCGCCGCAUCACAUCUCCGCCAGCCAACAUUGAUCGGUAUGUCCCUGGGCAGGAGGUCACACCGCCUCAACCUGUUGCUGCCAACCCUAUUCAGGACCCUCUGAAGCUGCCUUACCAGGUGGGGUUCUCCUACUUCGGCGAGUGGUGGAGGCUCAAUGAGAAAGUCAAGGAAGAGAAGGAGCGUCAGCGCACGGGUCGCCGCCGGGAGCCUGAUCGCGCCCGAGCCAACACGCAGGAGGAGCGUGACAAGGAGAAGGCAAAGAUCCAGGCCGCGUAUGACUCGUACAAGGAGAGCCUACAGGCAAAGAUGGCCAAGACCUUUGUCCAGCAGCACAAAGACGAGCAGUGGUUCCGUGAGCGCUACGUUCCCGAGGUCAGAGAUCCUCUGAAGGCCCAACUCACCGAGUUCCGAAAGGGCCAGUACACCCAAUGGGAGCAGGAUCUCGAGUCUGGCACCUUCGAUGAGUUCACCUUGGAGGGCAUACCUAAGAGUGAGAGCAACGGCGCGGGUGGCAUCGUCGAGAAGGAGGAGGGUGAAGCCACUGCAGCAAACGAAGUCCUUGGUGUUGGGGACUUGGUCCCCGCCACUAGCUCCGAUCUCCGCGAUGAGAACCUCUUUCAGCCAACCCUCCUCAUCAAGACGAUUGCUCCUAGCGUGAGCCGUCAUAAUCUGGAGGCGUUUUGCAAGGAGCAUCUCGGAGAGGAGGAGGGCGGUUUCAAAUGGCUCUCUCUCAGCGACCCGAACCCAUCUAAACGGUACCAUCGCAUAGGCUGGAUCAUGCUUCACCCUGCUGCCGAGACCGGGGCCCUCAUCGAUCGUGCAGACCCGAAAGAAGAGGACGAUGAUGGGGACAUCAAAGUCAAGAGCCCUGGCGCGUCACCCUCAACUGCCGAGAAGGCGUUGGAAGCCAUCAAUAGCAAGACCGUGAAGGACGAGGUCAGGGGGGACUUCGUGUGCCACGUUGGCGUGCACAACCCACCCGCCAACCCGCGCAAGAAGGCUCUCUGGGAUCUCUUUUCAGCUCCAGAGCGCAUUGACAAGGACCUGUCUCUUGUCCAUCAGCUCGUCAACAAAUUCGAGGCGGAUUACGGCUCUGACUUUAACGCCGUUCUAAAAGUGGAGGAAAAGGUCGACGAGCUCAGAAACGCCGGGCGUCUACAACCUGCGAUCACCUCAGUCAAGAAGGAGAAGAUCAAGAAGGAGCGGUCAGUCAAUCUCGACGAGGCUAUGGACGAAGGGGAGGAGCCUGAGCCAGAAGACGAUGACGAUGAAGAUGAGGGCGCCAUCGACGAUGACGAGGUCGACGAUGAGGAGCUUUUGACCAAGAAGAAGCAGCUUGACCUCCUCAUCGAGUAUCUGCGCCGCGUCUUCAACUUCUGCUUCUUCUGCGUCUUCGAGAGCGACUCGGUCCAUGAGUUGACUCGGAAAUGCCCUGGAGGUCAUCUCCGUCGACCCAGGAGCACCCUGUCCUCUGCGGCAAAGGAGGUCGCCCGUGCCAGUGCUCUUGGCGAGCCUUUGCCCAAGAAGCGCCCGGAUACCGCUGAACUUGAAGAAGGCGAGACCACCGAGCCAGACCGCAAAUUCAGGAACGUCAGUAAGUCUGAACAACAACUCCAGCGCGCUUACAACUGGGUCAAGACAUUCGAGGACAAGAUCAAGCAAAUCCUGGAGCCAGAGUCUGUCGAUAUCCGGAAGCUUGGCGGCAAGCCCAUCGACGAAGCUGUGGCGGAGGAGAUGGCCAAGUUCGUAAAGCAGGAAGACGAGCACAAGUGGAGGUGCAAGGUUCCCGAGUGUCAAAAGCUUUUCAAAGAGGAGCAUUUCUGGCGCAAGCACGUUGAAAAGCGUCACGGGGACUGGCUGGACGGCCUCAAAGUAGACUUUGAGCUAAUCAAUGCGUACGUGAUUGACCCGGCGCACAUCGCGCCGUCGCGAACAGACGCCAAUUCCAACGGCCACUUCCCGCCGGCGAAUGGUCAGGCGCCAACAGGCACGCCGCGAGGAUUCAAUCUGGGUAACUAUGGUCUGAACAACAUGCUACCCAUGGGGUUCCCUGCCAUGCCUAACUUCGGGCAAAUGUUUGGCGCCAUGGCCAACACUGCAAACUGGAACCCGUCCGGCGGAGGAGACGACCGCGGCGGCGGCCCCGUCCGACGCGGUGGGGCCUUCGGUUCUACCGGCAGAGGUUACAAUAACAACCGAUCCAACCCCUACGACCGGCCACGAAACCCUCGAGGUUUCGAUGGCGGCAUGGGAGGCGGCAUGAUGGGCGGCGGACGUCCUAACCGUGGGGGCCGCUGGGGAGACGGAGCUGGGGCCGCAGCCGUUGGACCACGCGAGGCCAUCCAGGGUCGCACGCUGAAAAGUUACGAAGAUCUGGACCAGGCCAGCGGCGGUGGAGGCGGGGAGUUGAACUAUUAACUUGAAGGGACCCUAUUACGUUCGUGACAUGCCAUAAGCAUCUUGUCUCUGACUCCAUCGGAAAGCAGAGUCUCCUACAAAAAAAAAUCGAAGUCCGCAAGUUUGUGCUGUACAUUAGAAGGUGGUUAUUGCCCACCGGUUGUUUGUGGGCUGGGAUAUUUUUUUCGUACUGAUUAGCAAAUCAAAGACCAGAUCACUCUGAAAA